AUGCAUCGCAUUGUUUGUGCCGUUAAUGAAUCGCUCUACUAUCAAAUGCUUUGUAAAGGGCUUCUUCAAUCUCUACUCAAAUACUGUUCAGCACCAUACAAAUUGACUGUACUUCUUGAUGGUAAUUAUGCUCAACCAUUGGACGAUCUUCGUGAGAAGAUUGAAAUUGUAUCUGUUAAACCUCUUGAUAUUGUUUGUGGAUGUGUUCCAUCGAGGACGACUUUUGCUCGAUUGGAAAUUCCUUAUCUAUUUCCUGACGAAAAACAAAUUUUAUAUUUGGAUGUUGAUAUGUUUAUCAUGAACGAUAUUCAAGAACUUUUCACCACUUCAUUUGAUACAUUAGCAGCUGUCGUGCCUGGUCAAGUAUUAACGAUUAAAGAACUUGUUCAACGAGAAUUCCAAUCGAAUUUAUCGAAAAUGGAUUAUAAACUGAAUGGUAUAACUUAUUCUUGUGGUGUAAAAGAUCAUCGAUACUUCAAUGCAGGUGUGAUGUUAAUUGAUCCAUACAAAUGGCGUCAACUCCGUAUAAAACAACAUGUUGAAGCUCUUGUUCUUGCUCACCCAUCUGCUAUGUACACAAGCGAUGAAAUGGCAUUGAAUUUGAUUUUUCGUGGACAGUUAACCGAUCUUCGGCCUUGUUAUAAUACAUUUAUUUCGACUGAAAAAUUUCUAACUGAAACACCACGAAUUUGGCAUUUUAAUACUUGUAAACCAAUUCUUCAUCUCCCAUUGAGUCAAUGCCAAACAUGGUUGUCUUUAUUUCAUCCAAAAGAUCAGAUAUUCUUAACGAAAUUAGAAAAUAUCACAACACUAUUCGGCAAGGCAAGCUUAUUGACCAUGAAAAGCGAAGAUUAUAAUAGAAUUUGA